AGGUAUAAACACCAGAAAAGAUAACUUUAAUAAAUUCCACGCGUGCUAAGGACGUGAUUGCCUGGUCUUUGAAUGUGCCACGAGAGGGAGGCUCACUGGAGUAUUUGUCCUCAUAAAUGAACUAGGUAGUAGCCAGUAGGUCGGUUGAAAGUGAAAGCCGGUGCAACCAAACCCUCUUCAGUCGUCGACGAGUGUCCGGUACGUCCGCGUCGUCUAAAAGUCAUGUCUUCGCCGAUAAACCCCAACGAGAAGAGGAAGCAGAUCAGCGUCCGGGCCAUCACAGAUGUCGAGGAUGUCACAUCUAUCAAAAAAUCUUUCAACAGGCACGUCCACUACACGCUCGUCAAAGACAGAAACAUAGCUACAACUAGGGACUACUACAUUGCACUGGCACACACCGUUAGGGACAACCUUGUCUCGAGGUGGAUAAAAACCCAGCAACACUACUACGAAAAAGAUCCUAAGAGAGUAUAUUAUUUAUCUCUCGAAUACUACAUGGGUAGGUCAUUGACCAAUACAAUGAUCAAUUUGGGUAUACAAGGAACUUGUGACGAAGCUCUGUAUCAAGUAAGAAGUAUUAAAUUGAAAAAUUGGAUGAUUUUAAAUCAAGAAUUUUUCUAUGUGCAGUUAGGUUUGGAUAUCGAACACCUAGAAAGCGUAGAAGAGGAUGCAGGUCUUGGAAAUGGAGGUUUGGGCAGAUUAGCAGCAUGUUUUCUUGAUUCAAUGGCAACUCUUGGCCUUGCUGCAUACGGAUAUGGCAUCAGAUAUGAAUAUGGAAUCUUCGCACAAAGAAUUAUCAACGGUGAACAAGUUGAAGAACCCGAUGAUUGGUUGAGAUUUGGCAAUCCAUGGGAAAAAGCGAGGCCUGAAUACAUGAUACCAGUCAAUUUCUAUGGAAAAGUUGUUGAUACACCUCAAGGGAAACAAUGGGUCAAUACACAGGUAAUACUGGCAAUGCCAUAUGAUACCCCAAUACCAGGAUAUAGGAAUAAUGUCGUAAACACAUUGAGGCUGUGGUCUGCCAAGUCACCGGUUGAGUUUAAUCUCAAGUUUUUCAAUGAUGGUGACUACAUUCAAGCAGUAAUUGACCGUAAUUUGGCAGAGAACAUUUCCAGGGUUCUUUAUCCGAAUGAUAAUUUUUUUGAAGGAAAAGAAUUACGACUUAAACAAGAGUAUUUCAUGUGUGCGGCAACGUUAAAAGACAUAAUAAGAAGAUUCAAAAUGUCCAAAUUUGGAUCAAGAGAACCGGAUAGGAUGUCCUUUGAUACAUUUCCCGAAAAAGUAGCAAUUCAACUGAAUGACACCCAUCCAUCCCUUGCCAUACCAGAAUUGAUGAGAAUUCUGUUGGAUGAAGAGCAUCUCAGUUGGGAUAAAGCUUGGGAUAUUACAGUAAAAACUUGUGCUUAUACUAAUCAUACAGUACUACCUGAAGCACUGGAAAGAUGGCCUGUUCAAAUGUUAGAAUAUAUCCUUCCACGUCAUUUGGAGAUAAUUUAUCAAAUAAACUUCUUACAUCUUGAAAAAAUAAAAAAUCUCUAUCCAACUGACAUGGACCGACUGAGAAGGAUGUCAUUAAUAGAGGAGGGACAUGAGAAAAAAGUAAACAUGGCUCAUCUCUCAAUUGUCGGAUCACAUGUAGUUAACGGUGUGGCUUGGCUUCAUUCUGAAAUUUUAAAAAAGGAUAUUUUUAAAGACUUCCAUGAAAUUUGGCCUGAAAAAUUUCAGAAUAAGACUAACGGAAUUACUCCUAGGAGAUGGCUCAUCCUUUGUAACCCAUCUCUAUCCGAUUUGAUUUCUGAGAAACUUGGUGAAGAUUGGACUGUACAUUUAGACCAACUUGUGAAAUUGAAACAAUAUUCAAAAGACCAACUGUUUCAAAAUGCAGUUAUGAAAGUAAAACAAGAUAAUAAAAUGCGUUUGGCUCAAUUUUUGGAAAAAGAAUACAAUGUCCCAAUAAAUGUAGCGUCCAUGUUUGAUAUACAGGUAAAAAGAAUACAUGAGUACAAGCGUCAAUUAUUGAACUGCCUCCAUAUAAUUACGAUGUACAACAGAAUAAAAAGGAAUCCAUCUGGAAACUUUGUACCUAGGACAGUGAUGAUUGGGGGGAAAGCAGCGCCAGGAUACUACAUGGCUAAAAAAAUAAUUAAACUCAUAAAUUCGGUUGCAUAUGUUGUGAAUAGUGAUCCUGAUGUUGGUGACCGACUAAAGGUCAUUUAUUUAGAGAAUUACAGGGUUACACUUGCUGAACGGAUUAUUCCAGCUGCAGAUCUCAGUGAACAAAUAUCAACGGCAGGUACUGAAGCAUCUGGAACUGGAAACAUGAAAUUUAUGCUGAACGGAGCACUUACAAUUGGUACUAUGGACGGUGCAAAUGUUGAAAUGGCUGAGGAAAUGGGCGAAGAAAAUAUCUUCAUAUUUGGUAUGAGAGUUGAAGACGUCGAAGCUCUUAAAAUGAAUGGAUAUGAUGCUGAACGAUACUACAACAGCAACAAAGAGCUCAAACAGUGUAUCGAUCAGAUAAAAGAUGGAUAUUUCAGUCCAAGUAAUGUUGACGAGUUUAAAGAUGUCGUCGACGUACUUUUGAAAUAUGACAGAUUUUAUUUACUAGCUGACUAUGAAGAUUAUAUAAAAUGCCAAGAUAAUGUCAACGAAGUUUAUCUAGAUAAUAAAAAAUGGGCUGAGAUGGCGAUCAAUAAUAUUGCCUCAUCAGGAAAAUUCUCUUCUGACAGGACUAUUGCCGAGUAUGCCAGUGAAAUUUGGGGGAUCGAACCCUCAUGGGAAAAACUGCCCUCUCCACAUGUCAAAUAAAUGGUUAUAUUUAUUUUAAUAAUUUUACGCUGAUUUCAAAGUAUACAUUUAAAAUCCUGCUACAUAUAAAUUUCGUUUUGUAAAAUCAUGUUUACAAAGAAAUACAUAAAGUGUAUGUGUGUUUUUAAAUA